AUGCGGCUGCUCAGAUGCAUAUCUCUCGAGUUGGAGGAAUUCUAUGACUCCGAUAUCCCGCCUUACGCCAUCCUCUCACACACGUGGGACAAGGGUCAAGAAGUCAGCUUCCAGGAGGCCAUACACCUGGCGAAUGCCAAAGAGUCUUCACUCCAUGCCGUAGAUGCUGCUGAGAAGAUCAAAGCCAAAUCAGGCUAUCACAAGAUCAUCCAAUGCGCUCGCCAGGCGGCUAACGACGGUCUCGAUUACGUGUGGAUAGAUACCUGCGCUAUUGACAAGUCGAGCAGCGCGGAGCUAUCAGAAGCCAUCAACUCGAUGUAUGAGUGGUAUCAGAAGUCUGAAGUUUGUUACGCACAUCUGGCCGAUGUUCUGGAAAGCAGAGGGGAAAUAGAAGAACAACUUGCGCAGAGCAGGUGGUUUCGUCGAGGCUGGUGUCUGCAAGAACUCCUUGCUCCAAGAAGGGUACGAUUCUUCGGGCGUGACUGGGUUUAUUUGGGUGAUAAAGCCGGCACUGUCGAACACGCGUCCAGCAUCAUCGAUCUAUCAAGAUCUAUAUCAGAGAUUACGGGAAUCGAUGGUGAAACCCUCCGGGAUGGCAACAUUGAGCGCGCCAGUGUAGCCAAAAAGAUGUCAUGGGCAGCAAGACGACAGACAUCGCGCCGGGAGGAUAUGGCGUAUUGUCUACUUGGACUCUUCAAUAUCAACAUGCCACUCUUGUAUGGAGAAGGUGACAAAGCUUUCACACGUCUACAGGAGGAGAUUAUCAAGACUUCUGCGGACUAUUCCAUAUUCGCUUGGCGCAACCAUAAAAAUGAAGACCCGCGCGUUCGCUAUAGUGGCAUGCUUGCUCCAUCAGUUCAUGCAUUUGUGGACGCGGGCAGCGUCAUCCCGGUCGGUACCACUCGUCCGUACGCGAUGACUAAUAUUGGACUGAGGAUCGAACUUCCUCUACGGAAUGCCAGCUCAUCCAGAAAUCGAGUUAUUUGCGUGCUUGAUUGUCGCUUUGAAUCGGGUCCAUCGUUCCAGCGACUCGGCGUGUAUCUCUCCGAACCGUGGACUUUCAACAGCGAUAUCUUUUCGACAUCAGAAUUGGAAGGUCGAGUACACUCUUCGCCGCUUCAUGAACUUCAAGGUCUUGCAAGGGACAAUGGCGAAUCGUCGCCUGUGGCCACUGUGGAGCUUACGGUAGAAGAGAGCCAUCGACCAAGACCCGCCCUAUAUGUCAGGAACCUACCAAUGCCCCCAGAUGCUAAAUCAACGAGCUUGUUUCUAGGAACACAGCAGCGGCUGAUCUAUCUGCGCAAGAUCCCAAUCGAAAGUCAUCUUCGUCACAAUUACCCCUCUCAAGCGCGCGAACUUGUCCGUCUGUGGCCCUUGGAUGCCCAAGGCAUGGCAGGCAUCGUACUGCAACCCAGGCGGCUCGGCGUUGACGGCCUCGUACUUGUUCUUGUGGAGUAUCAGACAGAAGAUGAGAAGCCGCCGUAUAUCCUGCAAUUAGCUACGCCCGGCCUUUUCACGCAGCUGUCUCUUUCUCACCUGACCACGGAAAAGAUAGCGUAUAUGUUGUCACUGUGCCACACCCAGGGAACAGCUAUUCAACAUGGCUCAAGCGAGUUGAACGAGCCGAUGUGGCUUACAUGCAAGAAAGCGAAGCGGAGCUUCGGCGAUGUCCUCGUUGUGGAUCUACACGAUGAUCUGCUGAACGGCUUGCUAGCCCCUGGAAGCAUACCUGCUGUAACGCUUAGUGGCGUGCCUACAAAUAGAAACUCAGGAGCGGCUUCUCAAGUCAAGCCACUCGAAGGAAGCGUAAUGCCGUUCAGCAUGUGCCUGCGGAUUCAGUUCUCCUCACGUGAUGAAUUCAACGAAUACUUUGGCACAUGA